AUGGAGGAGAAAGGGGUGUCUUAUAUGCAAACAUGAUCUGUCGUUAAUGAGGUAUUUUCAGUGACAUCGCAUAUACGCAUAAUGGAGGAUUUUAAUUUUGCAACACGUCUUCAAGAAGAAGAAUUCGAACAUCAUUAUGCGUUGAAUCGAGCAGAGCGACGAUUAGUUGGAAGAGAUACGAGACUCUGUUUACAAGAACAGUUGCAUGAAAAUCAAAUAAGACUUGAACAAUCCCAUGAAAAAAUUUGCCAAAAUGAUGAAGAAUUUGCUCGACAGUUGCAGCAACAAUUUGAUAAGGAAGGAAUUUCUUACAGAGAAACGUUGAUACGACUUGAUGAGGGUCUGGCACGUCGACUUCAAGAAGGGGAAACUUUCUUACAGCAAUCUUCUGCUGUUAUCAAUUAUGAAGAAGAUGAACAUUUUGCUCGUCGUCUUCAAGGAAGCUAUGAUAAUGCUAAUAAAUGUUCAAAGCAAAUUGAAUUAGCGGCAGUAAAUUCGUUUUCACAAUCAUCUUCAGGACUUGCAAAUAAUCAAUCAAUAAACGAGUCUAAACCAAAGAAAGUUUCCCUUCGAAGUUGGGAUAAUUCGGUUGAUGUUCAAAUACAGAAUGAACUGAACCGGCAAAUGGCAAGUGCAAAUAUUUCGCAAAAGCGAAACGAUAUGUUUGGUCAUCUAGAAAGGAGUAUGAAAUCAGCUGCUAAAAUUCCCCUUGCAACUAUAGCCACAAGGGAUUCUACUCCUGAUUAUGUUGCUUCAUCUCAGUUUGCAGUUAACAUGCGUAAUUUCUCGACGAAAUCGGUUUUACAAGAAAAUGAACAUAAAAGGAUAGAAGAGAUGAAAACUCCAGCAACAAAUUUGACUGACAAUGGACAGGAUGAUUCCAGUAUUACGGAUUUAAUUGACAUAUCUGGUCACUAUCAAACUAACAGCAAAUCGCUUAUUGCCCCUAUUCCUGAACCAGAUAAUUCUAGCAAUAUAUAUCAGAAUGAAUCAUUUCUUUUACCCGUUCCUGUUCUAGAUGAUUUUAAAAAUCUUCGAAUGAAUCGAGUAAGCGCUAGAAUGGAUAAUAUUUCUUUUCAUCCAGCAAAUCCUUUUCGCAGCAAUUUUCUAAUAAAUGAACGGUCAUAUUUAAGCCGAGGUCGGAAAACUUUAUCUACUCAGAUUACUGACAGAAAUAGCGAAUUUUGCAGUGGUGAACGUACAAGAUCUACAGAUGCAACUAUAACAGCUACCAAUGAACAAUGA